AUGACUAACCUGUCCGCGUCAAAUCUGGGAAACAUUUCCCAAGCGGUAACAAAUAUCACCAAGGAUGGCGAAGCUCUUAAUGUCCCACUCAAGGUUACCUACAUCGUCACCAUCAUAUUUAACAGCAUUACCUGCCCCGUUACUGUCGCUCUCAACUUGUUGGUCAUAAUGGCUGUGAAAAGAAGACCAAGACUUCAGAGUUACGCCAACAUCUUACUCGCUUGCCUGGCGUUAACGGAUACAUUAACUGGUCUCCUCGUCCAGCCAACUUUCAUAAUCUGGGGGAUAUUACAGAUACUUGGUGGGAUAAACACUGAUGCUAUCUAUAAUCUCCACAUUCUGUUUUUAGUUGCAGUUACUCUUUCGUCGGCUCUCCAUUUGAUCCUAUCGAGUGGUGACCAACUCUCUCUCCUUCAUUCUCUUCUCCCUCAAGCUCACUCUUGUUUUAUUUUUAUUCACUCUUGGACAGAGAAUCUUGCCCUUGGUAAGCCUGCAGCUCAGUCCUCCUUAUUUGGUAGUGGACUCAGAGAAGGUGCUGCGCGUAAAGCAGUGGACGGGAAUGCUGAUCCUAAUUAUGACAAUGGACACUGUUCACAUACUAAUUCAGACAAUCCCAGUUGGUGGCGAGUGGACCUCGGUUCAAAUGACGUGCCAGUGUCCGAGGUGUUUAUCGUUAACAGGUUUACGUCAGACCCCAAUUUACAGCUAAGGAGUAAAGAUUAUAAGAUAACACUGGGUAACAACCCAAAUGUGACAGAAAAUCCUCAAUGUAUGGGACUCUACAGUUUCAUUCAGUUCAAAGCAUCAGCUCUAUGUUUCACGAAUCCACUGACGACUGGAAGAUAUGUUGGUAUCAUGACCACGAAGCAAGAGACGCUUACCCUUUGUGAAGUGGAGAUAUACUCAAGAGGUAUUUACAUUAAGCAAAAUGCAGGUAACAACCCAAAUGUGACAGAAAAUCCUCAAUGUAUGGGACUCUACAGUUUCAUUCAGUUCAAAGCAUCAGCUCUAUGUUUCACGAAUCCACUGACGACUGGAAGAUAUGUUGGUAUCAUGACCACGAAGCAAGAGACGCUUACCCUUUGUGAAGUGGAGAUAUACUCAAGAGAAAACUUGGCAUCUGGCAGGCACACGGAUCAGAUAAGUACAUACAGUGGUUUCGACAGCAGCAGAGCAGUGGAUGGUAACAGUAACACAAGCCUUUAUGCUGGAUCCGCAUGCGCAAGCACAGAAAGAGCAAAUCAACCCUGGUGGAGGAUAGACCUGGGACGAAAAGAGCCCGUGUCUGAAUUGUACAUAGUUAACAGAGGUGACUGUUGUGGCGAUCAAUUGGAGAAUUUCGAGAUCAGAGUGGGUUCAUUGUCUAGUGAUGGAGGUGUGGCUAAUCCUAGGUGUGGUAGUAUCCACGCCGUUCCUCAAGGAGUGGGUAAAUCCUUUUACUGUCGUCCCUAUUUAUACGGGCGAUACGUGACCAUCAGAAGUCUAAGAAGCAAUGAGCGACUCACACUCUGUGAAGUCGAAGUAUAUUCAGCAAGACGAGCAUGUCAAAUCCAGGCCAUCGGAGUGGCAAGCAGCUACACUAUACCAGACAGCAGUUUCUCGGCCUCGUCAACGAGGGGUAGUAAUGCACCGUCUAAAGGUCGACUUAACGGACCAGGUGCUUGGUCACCCAGCAACAACAACAAUCCUAACGACUAUUUAGAAAUUGACCUGCAAUACGAGUUCCUUAUCUGUGCUGUGGCUACGCAAGGAAGGUCAACCGCUGAUCAAUGGACAACAAAGUACAAGUUACUUACAUCACUAAACAAUAAUGAUUGGCAUACUUAUCAGGAAAACAAAACAGAUAAGGUUUUCAAUGGUAAUUCUGGGGGAAACGAUAUAGUGAAACACAACCUCAAAGAAAUCACAAGAGCAAGAUUUAUCAGGUUCCAGCCAACGCAAUUCUCGACUCAUAAGGCUCUCAGAGUAGAAGUGUUUGGAGUACUUAAACCUACAGUUCCUUCACAAGCGCCCAUCGUGUUUACUGUGAUGGCAACCAACUCUACCACCAUUAGAGCAUCGUGGCAGUUAUCUCCAGGAGACUCCGAACGUGGAAUCGUCAAAGGAUUUAAACUGUUCUACAAAAAGAAAGACGUUGUUGGUUUGCCAACGACGUUAACUAUUACCGGGUCAGAAAUUCGCACUUAUUAUGCCACUGGACUUGAUAGGAACACAGAAUAUGAAUUUCAACUGUUGGCUUUCUCGCUUGCUGGUGAUGGACCAAAGAGUUCUAUGAAGGUUAUGAGAACAAUGGAUAAUGCCUAA